AUGUCUUCCAAGAUGGUCAUCAGGCAGCCUCAGCCUGUGAUGGUCUCCCGGGAGUCUGAUCAGUGGGGAUCUGGGAUUUGUGACUGCUGUGACGACGUGCCCGAGUGUUGUUUUGCUUUCUGGUGCUCUUGCUGCUUUGCCUGCAAAACUUCCAAGAAAUACGGCCAGUGUCUCUGUCUCCCCCUGCUGGAAAUCUUCGGCGGCAUUAUUCCGCCUGUCACCAUGGCCAUGAGGGUCUCCAUGCGGCAGCGCUACGGCAUCAGAGACACCAUGUGCAUGGACUGCGUGUAUGCGACCUUCUGUAAAGCCUGCAGCUGGUGUCAGAUGUCCAGAGAGAUGAAGAGAAGAAACAUCCAAGUUGUUCUAGUCAACGCCAAGAACAUAUAAGCUCUCUCCUCGCUCCUCAUCACCACCAGGGCUGUAACAUAUUCCAAAAGUGCUCAACCUGCUUCAGCUGUCUCCAGCAUGUUAUAACUAUACUGUAGGAUAAAGCCGGAGAAAGACUAGUGUUUAAAAAAGCUUGCGUCACUGACUGAAAGUGUCUGUAGCCAUGUGUGACUGUAUUACACAUUUAUUAAGGUUAGCUAACAUGGUUGACCUAAUACACAUCAUCAUAAAAGCUUCUUCAAAAUUAAUGAAAACAAUUUUUUUUUUUAAUUAUUAUUAUGAUCCCUUUAUUUACCUUUUUUAUUUUUCACCCUAAAACUCUUACUUUAACAAAAAAAGAAUAUCUGGUCCUGGUUACAUGUAGAUUUAUCCGUCCAAUGACUAAUAGGAUUGAAAGACGGGGGGGCUUACUUGCACUUGCAAAAUCUUUGCACUCGCAUCUUUUGUUCCUGUAUCAGAACCACACUUAUGUCUACAACCAGUGAAGAAGCCAAGAUGUUACCAAAUAAAAAGUGACCGUCACACUCCUCCAUUUCUCCU